AACCUUUUGAGUCUUAUUUUAUCCUCUCAAAAUUGCUGUCAAACCUUAUAGGCCUACAAUUAUUUUUGUUUUAAGAAUCUUAUUUUGAUUCUACAUGAAAGAUUUGCUCGUAAAGAAAUCAACAACUCGUUGACUCUGCAAAACCCUCAUGUGCUAAGUUCCAAGUAAGCUUUUGCACCCAAAGGAAAAAAAAAAUACAUCUUCUUGUGUUCGAUCCAGUUCUUGAAUCCUGAAACAGGGUUAAUUAUGUUCUUUUGAGCUUUCUGUAACUACUUGAAAAUGGCGGAUAAAUACGAGAACCAAGCUCCUGAGAAGCGUCAGGGGAAGUUUCAAGCAAUAGUUGUUUGCUGUAUUCUUGGAAUUGGAUCUCUUGUUUCUUGGAACAGUAUGCUCACUAUCGCAGAUUACUACUACCAAAUUUUCCCGGCUAAUCAUCCGUCAAGGGUUCUACCACUUGUAUACCAACCAUUUGCACUUGCAACAAUCGUGAUUCUUGCAUACCACGAAUCAAAAAUCAAUACUCGAAAACGUAUCCUCAUCGGUUACAUUCUAUUCACAGUAUCCACAUUCUUGCUCAUAGUCUUGGAUUUGACGACAAAAGGACACGGUGGAAUCGGACCAUAUAUCGGUUUAUGCGCAAUCGUUGCUUCGUUUGGGAUCGCGGAUGCUACUGUUAAAGGAGGAAUGAUCGGUGAUUUAUCUUUGAUGUGCCCUGAACUUAUCCAGUCAUUCAUGGCCGGUUUGGCUGUAGCUGGUGCUCUAACCUCAGCGCUUAGGCUAAUAACUAAAGCAGCCUUUGAGAACUCAAACGACCGUCUACGAAAAGGAGCAAUGAUAUUCUUGGCAAUCUCCACAUUCAUAGAAUUCCUCUGUGUGAUGCUAUACGCUUACGUGUUCCCAAAACUACCCAUCGUUAAGUAUUAUAGAAGAAAAGCCGCUUCUGAAGGAUCCAAAACCGUUGCUGCUGAUCUUGCUGCUGCUGGUAUCCAAAAUCAAUCAGAUUUGACUGAUGACGAUUCCAAGAAUCCAAGGCUAAGAAAAAAAGAGCUAUUGCUUCAAAACGUAGACUAUGCAGUGAAUCUAUUCCUUAUAUACGUUUUGACGUUAUCCAUUUUCCCCGGGUUCUUAUACGAGAACACAGGACAACACGGGUUAGGCACUUGGUACGCGCUUGUCCUAGUAGCUGUGUACAAUUUUUGGGAUUUGGUCGGGAGGUACAUGCCGCUGGUGAAAUGGCUAAAGGUUGAGAAUAGAAAAGCACUAACGGUUGCGGUUUUGGCCCGUUAUUUACUCAUUCCGGCGUUCUACUUCACCGCGAAAUAUGGUGAUAAAGGAUGGAUGAUUAUGCUUAUUUCUAUUUUGGGAUUAACUACUGGACAUCUCACUGUUUGCAUCCUCACCAUUGCUCCUAAAGGAUACAAGGGUCCGGAGAAGAAUGCAUUGGGGAAUUUGAUGGUGACUUUUAUACUAGGAGGAGCACUUUCAGGGAUAUGUUUAGGUUGGUUAUGGCUUAUCGGGCUAUGUUCUUUUGAGCUCUCUGUCACUAUUUUGAAAAUGGCGGAUAGAUAUGAGAAUCAAGCUCCUGAGAAGCUUCAGGGGAAGUUUCAAGCAAGGGUCGUUUGCUGUAUUCUUGGAAUCGGAGCUCUCGUUGCUUGGAACAGUAUGCUCACUAUCGGAGAUUACUACUACGCAGUUUUCCCGGAUUAUCAUCCUUCAAGGGUACUAACACUUGUAUACCAACCAUUUGCUCUUGGAACAAUCGUGGUUCUCUCAUACCAUGAAUCGAAAAUCGAUACCCGGAAACGUAACCUGUUUGGUUACAUUCUAUUCACAAUAUCAACGUUCUUGCUAAUAGUCUUGGAUUUGGCCACAAAAGGACACGGUGGAAUCGGACCUUAUAUCGGUUUAUGCGCCAUCGUUGCUUCUUUCGGCCUCUCAGAUGCUACCGUUCAAGGAGGAAUGAUCGGUGAUUUAUCAUUGAUGUGCCCUGAAUUCAUCCAGUCAUUCAUGGGCGGUUUGGCUGUAGCUGGUGCUCUAACUUCAGCGCUUAGGCUAAUAACUAAAGCAGCAUUUGAAAACUCAAACGAUGGUCUACGGAAAGGAGCAAUGAUAUUCUUAGCAAUCUCAACAUUCAUAGAGUUUCUCUGCGUGUUGCUUUAUGCUUACGUGUUCCCGAAGCUUCCCAUAGUUAAGUAUUAUAGAAGAAAAGCCGCUUCUGAAGGAUCAAAAACUGUUUCUGCUGAUCUUGCUGCUGCUGGUAUCCAAAAUCAAUCAGUUUUGACUGGUGAUGAUACCAAGAAUCAAAGGCUAAGCAACAAAGAGCUAUUGAUUCAAAACAUAGACUACGCAGUGAAUCUAGCCCUCAUCUACGUUUUGACGUUAUCCAUUUUUCCCGGGUUUUUAUACGAGAACACGGGACAGCACGGGCUAGGCGCGUGGUACGCGCUUGUCCUAAUAGCGAUGUACAACUGUUGGGAUUUGGUCGGGAGGUACACGCCGCUGGUGAAAUGGCUCAAGAUUGAGAACAGAAAAGUACUCACGUUUGCGGUUUUGUCACGUUAUUUACUCGUUCCAGCGUUCUACUUCACCGCGAAAUAUGGCGAUCAGGGAUGGAUGAUUAUGCUAAUCUCUGUUUUAGGACUGACUAAUGGUCAUCUCACUGUUUGCAUUCUCACCGCAGCUCCUAAAGGCUACAAGGGUCCGGAGCAGAAUGCAUUAGGGAAUUUGCUUGUGAUCUUUCUGUUAGGAGGAAUAUUUGCAGGAGUUGCUUUGGAUUGGUUAUGGCUUAUUGGUAAGAAAGAUGCGUUUUGAUUACUCAUCAUCAUCGCUCUCUAAACCAAUAAUGCACUUAUUUAAUUGGAGAUUAAUCUUCUUCUUUUUUUCUUUUUCGUCCAUAAAGGAAAAAAAAUGCAUUAUUAUUUGCUUAACGUGUAAUAUUCUAAAGGAUAAUUGUUCAUUUUACUUAUUGACUUAUUGUGACAUUUUCUAGCAACAUCCGCUAACAAAAAUCAUAAACAUAACAUAAUCUUUUGCUUAUUAGAGAUCAAAGCCACUUAAUCUUCCAAUUAUAUAACUUGAUUAUCGUAAUUAAAUCAUUCAUUACAAUAACAUUUUCUAAAAAUAACUAAGAGAUUAUGGGUCGAGAUUCUAAAGUCAGUACGUAGUAUUAGAACGCAUCAAGAACAUAUAUUAACUCAUGGAAGAUAUUAUAAACAGAGUUUUAAGCAGACGAUCAUACAUACCUUUUGUAAAAUGUUCCUGAAAAUUAGAAAAAACAUAAUUGAGCGCAACGCUGGUGUAAAUUGUUUUAAUCCAUUCAACAAUAGAAGGAAAAAAAAGGAAGUUACAUCAACGCUGCACUCAAUGAUGUUCAUUCAAACCCAGGUUAAAAGAUCUGAUUAGCUCUUUU